CUUGUUUUUACACUGCUGCUGUUUUCUAUGCAGUCACUUUACCCCUACCUACAUGUACAAAUUACCUCGACUGGCCUGUACCUCCGCACAUUGACUCGGUACCGGUACCUCCUGUAGCUUCGUUAUUAGAAUUGUUUUACUUUUAGUUUAUUUAGUAAAUAUUUUCUUAACUCUAUUUCUUGAACUGCAUUGUUGGUUAAGAGCAUGUAACUAAGCGUUUCACGGUAAAGUCUACUACACCUGUUGUAUUCGGCGCAUGUGACAAAUGAAAUUUUAUUUUAUUUGUUAGAUGGUUCGCUGGCAGAUCCUUGGUCUCCCAAUCUCACAGUGAACCAGUUGUCUAGCCUCACCUGACCUGGCUGUGCUUCCAUGGAAAUGGUUGAGGAUAGGAUAUGAAAAAAGAAAAGGAAUCUUCCUAUAUGCUUUCAAGUGUUCAUAGAUGUUCAAUAUCAGAGUUACUGUACUCGUUUUCAUGUUGUACCGCACUUGUCCUGUCUGUAACAUUGCUGAUUUGCAAUAAAGUAUCCAUUUGUGUAUUUUUAUGAUGAAAUGUUUAUCCCAGGCUCUGGUAACUGGGAUACGUUUUCUACCAGUGGAAAUACUAAAUGAAAUGAUUCAUGCUUCAAGAGAAACAACCCUCAAAUGAUACUGUAAAGGCAAACUGUUCUUAUCAUUCUCCAAGUAUGAACACAAUGUGGGACAUGUUCCCUCAAAAAUAUGAGAGUCAUUGUGGCAUAAACAAUAUAUUUAACUGUGAUGUUCUUUUUUUACUGUGUACAUUUUUCAAAGUAGUCAUAGAGAUGUGUGGUUGGGUAAACUUUGAAAUCAAUAUUUUUUGUUUGGCAUACAUUUUAAAGUGAAAAAAUCGGAGUCUCAGCAUAAUUCCAUAAACGUGGAAUUGCCCACAAACAAGAUGUUGUCAGCAAGGCCAGGCUCGACAAACAUGGGGCCAGACAGUGGAUUGUGUUUACUGUUCCUGUUUGAGAGAUCUCCAGAGCCCUAUAAUACGAAUCAGGUUUGAGGAGUUAGCGAGGUUACUUUGGUCAACUCAGGAUAACCAGUGCCACAAAGGUGGCUCACCUUUCAGCCAGGUACAUUUCUAUAGCAAUGAAUCCUUCAGAACUAACCUGCUCCGUAGCAGGCUAACUCUAUUAUCCACAAUGAAGUGUCUCAGCCACGAGUUGAGGACCAAUGAAAUCAGAUAUCCUCCCUCUCAGAAAGGUUUGAGGAAGAUGAUGGAUUACCUUCUUUAUGUAUUAUAAAAAAUAACAACGAAGUAUUUUGUUAAUGCCUAUCACAUUACACAUUUAGUAAUGACAGGCUUUGAUUGGCUGUUACAUCUACACUUGCUUGUUUACCGAGAACCCACCGUUUCCCCCUUCAUAUCCCCAGAUUCUGUAAGUGCUAAUGAGCCAAUAAUAUGACAUGACUCAUCUGACAGUUACAGGUUUUCCUAUGAGAAAAUGUAACACAACAUCCAGUGAUGUUUUUGUUCCGUUGUGUCCCCAUACGCUACGAGGGUGUAGAGUACAUUUAGUGUUUUUAAGUUCAUCCUCAUGAACCUCCUGAAGAUUUGUUUGUUGUGAAAGCAGCGUCUUUGCAUCACUGAUGGCAUUGCUGUUUGAAAACUGUCUGAAGAACAAUCUGUGUAAUUAGGCUUUCUCUUUAUCAAAAGAGGCUUGGAUGGCUGCGCUCCAGCAUUUUAUCUGUGGAGCAUGAAGCGUGUGUGUGUGUCACUGUUGCUGUGCAUCUCCCGGGCUGUGCUUCAGUGCCAGCCUCUCAGACAAGGCUCAACGGUGCAGCCAGUAGAGCCUGCCAUUGUUUUAUUCCCUGGAGGAAGCCACUGUGGGAGUGGCAGGGUCCCCGUGGUUACUGGUCUGUGUGGAUGUUAUGGGCACAGGCCUGGAACGAACUGCAAAAAUUGCUGAAGUUGGAGACUUUUAUCUCCCUCACCAACUUCAAACAUCAGCUAUCUGAGCAGCUAACCAAUCGCUGCAGCUGUACAUAGUCUAUUGGUAAAUAGCCCACCCAUUUUCACCUACCUCAUUCCCAUACUGUUUUUAUACUGUUUUUAUUUAUUUACUUUUCUGCUCUUUUGCACAGCAAUAUCUCUACCUGUACAUGAACAUCUGAUCAUUUAUCACUCCAGUGUUAAUCUGCAAAAUUGUAAUUAUUCGCCUACCUCCUCAUGCCUUUUGCAUACAUUGUAUAUAGACUGCCCCUUUUUUUCUACUGUGUUAUUGACUUGUUAAUUGUUUACUCCAUGUGUAACUCUGUGUUGUCUGUUCACACUGCUAUGCUUUAUCUUGGCCAGGUCGCAGUUGCAAAUGAGAACUUGUUCUCAACUAGCCUACCUGGUUAAAUAAAGGUGAAAUAAAUAAAAAAUUCAGACUGCAGGCUGAGAGAACACAUCUGUAUGCUGGUUUGUCUGAGCUGAGGGGUUGGAGAGGAUGGUAGGGCUUGGUUUUGUUUUUCUCCUAUCUCGCUUUCUCUAUCGCUUUAUCUCCAGUGAGUUUGUGGGGGAAGGCUGGCAGCCGGUAUUGUCUGCUGAGUGCCUGGCUGCCCGGGGCUUGGCAGUGCACAUAGAGCUGCUCUGUGGCUCAGCUCUCUUUUUCUCUCUCUCUCUCUCUCUCUCUCUCUCUCUCUCUCUCUCUAUGAGCGCCCUGUCUAUCUGCUGUUCCUCUUUUCCUCAUGCUAACACUUAUCUUCAGCUCACCCAUUAUUACCCUUAAAGGAAAACGCCACCCAAAAACUAUAUUUUGGUAUUUGUCCAUUGUUGAUAUAGUCCCUAAAUGUUUUGCAUGUCAGUUUUCAAGAUGUAAUUUUCAAAAUACAGAAAUCUGGCCCGUAUGAGGCAAGGCGAACUUCUCGCUUACUCUCUUAAAAGACCUUCAAUUGAAAAAUGUGAUAUUUGUUUUACUGUUUGUCCAUCUUGAGACGCCGUAACAAUUUGAUUACUGCCCUGGUUUUUAAUAUCGCCAAGUGCCAUGAUCACUCUGUCUCAUUUUAGUCUUGAGGCACUAAAUCGGAUAAUACUGGCAAGCUUUCUGAUUAGGUCAUUGAAGGGUGUCCAUUCUAGUGACUUUUCGAGUGAAACUGGACAACAGAGAUGCCCCAGGACAAAGAGACAGCUGACCGCUGCACUGUUACCCCUGGGUCCACCGCAACACCCCCAGCCAAUCACACAACACCCCCAGCCAAUCACACAACUCCCCCAGCCAAUCACACAACUCCCACUGCCUUUCCCUAGUCUUCUGAAAAAGAUAUUCUGACACUUUUUUUUUUUAUUCGGUCUGCCUGUUUUUGUCACACACAAGUGGAGAGGGACUAGAGAAUUCAGGGCUGAAAAUUCUGAUGUCCUGGUCAUUUUGUUUGUUAAAUGCUGACUCAGCUUUUUUUUAAGGACAGAGUGACUGUAUAAGGGAAUGAGGGACUGUGACUGAAAUCCCACAGGAACCUUAAUCACUCAUGUUUCACUUUUGCUUUACACAUUUCAGUGCCCAGUGCAAAUAAUGUAAGAUAUACAUUUUUUUUUGCUUUUUACAUUUAUUAAAACAAAGAUUUGCAUACUUGAUAUGUUUUUGACAUUUAGUAAAUGUGUGUACAAAGAAAAAUCACUUAUUUUACACCCAGAGACUCUUUCAUUUUACUGACUGUGAUCCAAUUUGAGGUGAGCUCGGAUGACUACUGUGAGGAAGGUAUCCAUGAGACGGCACUAGUCCCUGAAGCCCAUUGGUCUGCUGUGAUGUCAUCUCGGUGUGACUGAGGCAGAGUGGAGAUGGCAGGCGUGUUCUGACAUGUAUUUUCAGCGGGUCUCGGCACUGAGGCCACCUGAUGAAAGGGCUUAAGCAGAUUCCAAGAGGGUUGCAUUCUGAGGGCUGAACCUGUUUUGUUGUUUUAAGUACAGCUUUCACCCUGCACUCAUUUUUUUGCCAAAGAAAGGUGCUUAUUUAUUUUUGUCAUCCAGGUUUUGCUAUAAGCCCACAAAGAGUCGAGACUCCCUCCCAUCUUUGGUUACAUACAGUACUAUGCAUGUCCUCACUACCUCAUUGCCUCACUUGUAUUACUUGAGGCUCAGUGUUGGUUUUGAGUUAGUCUGUAACCUACUUGUAGCUUCCUGUAAAUAGGUGUGGCAGGCAGUUGUGUGAGCAAAACAUCUGACCUGACUGAGACCGUGAAUUGGUCUGAACUCCUGUCUCACAGCCAGACUGACAGAAAUAACCCCGGAGAGGACGGAUUGGAAAGCACAGGACUCUACAGACCAUGUACUCUCUCUCUUCAUGCAGACACACCACAGAGACAUAUCAUGUACAUUAUAGCCACUCACAUUGAGAAGAUUCCCAGAUCAUACAUUUGCUAGGCCUAUAGCUUUGACGGGUUUUUGUGAACUCCUGACAAAUGGACACCAUAGAAACCUUGAUUCCUAUUACGUCAUUCUUAAAUGCCCCACUUAUUUUCAAUUAGCGGAACAAACUAAAUGGAAUGGUAUUUGGAAAUUAAUAUAAUCUCUCCCAAUACUAUUGGGAAUAGUUUUAUUUUUUUGCUUAAUAGGCCUAAACGAUGCUGAUUAUCAGAGGAGAUAUUGUCACUUUGAAGAACAUUUAGGUCUGACUGCAGAUAUUAAUUUACUGGCUAUGCUUAUCUGCAAAUGCAUGAAAUUGAGGUCUUUGACAUGCUCACCAUGCCUCUAUGAAAAGUUCUGCUGUAACACAGCGUGUCCAAAUAAAAAGAUCAGUCCGUAUUUCUAAUGGCUAAGCGGAAAAGGAGAUUUCAUAACCAGUGUAAGCACCCUGUUUGUAAUAUUAGAUGGUAUGUAGGAUGAAAACUGGUGAAGUUAUGGUUGAUUUAGGGAAAAGUACACCAAGUUUCUGUCAGGAUUUUAUUGUCUAAAUAGGGUAAUGAACCUUAAGCCCUUUUUUUCUACUUACUCAGAUCCCGAUGAACUGAUGAGUACCAUUAUGAUGAGCACCAUGAUUAUGUCUCUGCAUGUUGUUUUGAAAGAAGGUUGAAGGAUGUUUCUGGAGCUGUUGCUAACUAGCUUUAGCACAAUGACUGGAAGUCUACAGCAACACUAGCAUGCUUGCUGGUAAGCAUAAAAAGGGCUUGAUUGACAAAAUGAUCCAGUAUCCCUUUUACAAAAUAUUCUGCAAUAUCAAAUAGAUCAUUUAAAUGUAAACACUCGUAGCUCAGUGGAGGAUGACAUGACAACUUUUUAAUAUCCAGCACAUAAUGUGCAACCAGUGAAAAAUGUCUGGACAUUUCUAUCCAUCAGCUUUCUCUUGAGGUCUCCUCAUUAUGAUUGUGGUGUUGAGCGUUGUCUCUAACAUAUUUUAGACUCCAUGUGAAAAAACCUUUGAGUUUCUCAACCAUCCGCCAACCACAACACAAAGGUGGAACAGAACAGAGGUGAGAAAUGAGAAUGAAAAUGCGGUCUGAAUUUUCUCUUCUGUAUGAAUCAUGCAGGCUUUGUGGGUCUGACACAGCCAGCUAUUUGACUGCAUUCUGUCAUCUAAAUUGUAUCAGUGUUGGAUAUGGGACUAUCUUUGACUGCGGGAAUGUAUGCAAGUGUGCUUUACUCUGCUUCUAGUGAUUGUAACCCUCACAUGGGCUUACGACAUUCAGUCUGCAUGCUCUAAUAGCUUACCUGCUGCCAACCACUCCUUUCAAUGGUAACUGAUUUCAAUAGAAUGCUUUGUCUAUUGCAUUUUCUCAAUUACAGCAAUUUGAACUUAAAACACCCAUGUUCCCUUUUUGUGAAAUUGCUCUGACUUGGGAAAGAUUGCCACCUACUGGAUCUGUCAUUUCAAACCUCUGAUAUACUUGUUCUAGUUAUAUUACAGUGAUACUCUGACUUCAUUCAUAUCACUUUUAACUUGGUUGUUUGAAUGCAAAACAGUGUAAUGGCAUUGUAAUUUAUAUUUCCAAUAAACAAGCUGCUGCUGCUCCAGUAAACCCAUUGAUGGUGAUAACUGUUGUUUUUUGUGUGUGUUUUUUUCUCUUCAAUGUCUGGGUUUUCAGUAAUUACCAAGGUCUAUUCUCAGGCCUACGUCUGGGAAUUUCCACACAACUGUUUUGUCGUUCACCACCAGGAGCUGCCAGUGUACCACCCCACGCCCAGUCAGGCCCGCAUGGCCAGCCAGCUGACUGAGGAGGAGCAGGUCCGCAUUGCCCAGCGCAUUGGCCUCAUCCACCACCUCCCCAAGGGAGUGUACGAUGCUGGCAGGGACGGCUCCGAAAAGAAAAUUAGAGAGUGUGUGAUUUGCAUGACGGACUUUGUGUAUGGGGAUCCCAUUCGAUUCCUGCCAUGCAUGCACAUCUACCACAUGGACUGUAUAGAUGACUGGCUGAUGCGCUCCUUCACCUGCCCCUCCUGCAUGGAGCCAGUGGAUGCUGCGCUGCUCUCCUCCUACGAGACCAACUGAGACACAACGCCACCCCCCUCACCACCACCCCUGCUCGCUGUUCUGACUUACUCCCUUACUCCACCCAUGCUUCCAUCUCCAGCACCCCCACAACCAGCAGACAGCACUUCCAACAGCCUGGAGAACCAGGGUCUCUGGGGGCAGGUGAGGGCUGUGUGGUGGUGAUGAAGGGUGCUGUAGAGGGUUGGUGGAGGCCAUGGAUGGAGAGGGGUCCUUUGCUCUGAGCUGGCCAGGUCUGCUGGACAGGAAAGCCCCGACUGGGGAAGGACGUUGGAUUCUGGUGAUCAAGAUAAGACCGUCUCGUGUCACCAUCCAUCCACACCCAGAAUUCCCCUCUCUCUCACUACCACACUGUUGUAGUAAAUGCCCUAGAAGGGAGGGGAAGGAAAGCAACAGCUCAACUCUCUCUAGAAAUACUGAUCUCUGCAAAUAUUUUCUCUCCUCGUUGUUUUCAACUCAACAUCUGUUCCAGAAGUCGUCUUAAGGGCUCAGUGGAUUACAUUUACUAACACAGAUAAGCAAACGAUUAAUGCACAUGUACACAAGUCAGAGGAACUUGCACUUCUAUUCUCGUCUCAGUGGAAGAGUUCAGCAUAUGCUUACAAAUGUUUGAAAAUUCUUUCAGAUUUUCCCCAUUAUUUAGUAUCUGCAACAUGAAAUGUUUUUUUUUCAAGCCAUUGUAAUUGUUUCAGCCCAAUGGUAAGGUCUGUUUUCCUGAAGUUGACAUUUUAUCCUUAAUUGGUGAGUUUCUUAGACUAAUGAUGGAUCAGUAAAAAAGUGUUCCUUUUGGAUGAAGAGGUUUGGGGUCUGCACUCGAUUAUUACAAAGGAUUAGGCCUGUUAGGGUUUGGUCAAAAGGUGUUAUCGAUCAUAAUGCUCCUUAACUGCUCUUGCUUAGCACAGUUCUUAAAUUGCACAUCAGAAAUAGUCAAACAUUUACUGCACCCAAUUCAGCACAAGUGUCUUAAUCUUAUUACCAAGUACGCCAUAUGAUUUAUCAUAAGUAACUAGAGUCAUUUAAUUAAUUUACAUGCAUUUAGUCACAUAACCUAGAGCAGUGGUCACCAACCUGUCUUAUCGCCAUCGACUGGUCGAUCUCCAAGCAUUCCCAGUCAAUCACCAAACAUUUCUGUAAAAAACCCAAUGAUAAAGUCUUGCGUUCCUAAUUGUUUUAUUUGUUUCGCGCUGUUGGUGGUAGGUGCACUUGAUUUAGUAGCCCGGGAAGGCAAAGUGUUCCCCUUUUGAACCAUUUCAUGUGUCUGAUGGUAGAACUCUGCCUACCCGGCUGGCCCAUAGAGCAAAUCAACAGUGCACCUAUAAGCCUAACGCUGGCCAAUCAAAUGGCUCAGAUAACCGUGUCUGCACAGUUUCCUCGACCAUAGACUGUUAAAGGAUCGAACGCACAGCAAAGUCAAUACUGUGAGAUUUCAAAACGUUUAAAACCAUGACCUAGAGAGAGACUCAAUUUUUUUUUUUUUACCUUUAUUUAACCAGGCAAGUCAGUUAAGAACAAGUUCUUAUUUUCAAUGACAGCCUAGGAACAGCGGGUUAACUGCCUGUUCAGGGGCAGAACGACAGAUUUGUACCUUGUCAGCUCGGGGGUUUGAACUGGCAACCUUCCGGUUACUAGUCCAACGCUCUAACCACUAGGCUACCCUGCCGCCCCAGGGUUUUGAAUACAGCAAAGAGCUGCAGUUUUUAUGAGUAAGUUCAUGUUUAAGGUGUUAGUAUCAACACGAUGUUCAACACUUUUAUAAGCCAUAAAAUGCACAUUCUACCUACUUCCACUCAAGCUACACCCAGCACUGCAGCUGCAAUGAAUGAGUAUAGCAAAGUGAUCCAAUAAGCUUGCGUUGUUAUUAUUAGCGGCUUGUCUUUUUUAAUAUCAAGGAAUAUUUCGCUUUCUCUGGUCAUUGGAGUAACAAAAUUUAAUUGGUGCAUGAGGCAGAAAUAAUGCAGUGCGACUUGUUUCGCCAUCAGCUGGAAGACUGUCCCCUUUUCUAAGCGGGGGGGUGGUUAGUCAGGUGAGAGGCAGCAUUACUGCUGCUCCCUCUUUUCCCCUCAGAUUGACCAUCAGAUGCAGUCCAUCAGUCCAGUAAAAAAUUCAAUAAAGAAAAAAAGAUGUGCCUCACAAGUAAUAAAACAAAUGAUCUAUUACCAGUGCGAUCAUAUACCAACAUGUUUAAAAAAUAUAUUAUUUCUAAAUGGUCUGAGAAGAACAACAUUGGCAAUUUAAGCAUAGCCAAUAUGCAGUGGUAAUAUAUUGGGCCUAUAGCCUACUGCACAAACCUCAUUGCUACAGAACUGUUUUUAAUUGGUUAAUGUUGCUUAGGUUUUUUAAGUAAUGUAGAACAUAAAAAAUCUGGGCGGUAGAUCUUGGCUUGCAUUUUGACUCUGUGAUCUUGACUCAGAAAAGGUUGGUGGCCACACUGCCCUAGAGUUUAUUUCUUUGUUCAGCAUAUGAGCCAUCACAUUGUUGUGCAAGGGGUUUGGAUGUGAGGGUGCUAACCACCCCAGCUUCUUAGAUUUUUGUAGGUAGUCAUCUGAGCACGUGCAUUUUUUUUUAUCCUACUUUUAAAUAAUGUUUUCAUAAUUAAAAUGAGAAAAUAUCCCUUGAAUUAUCAUAACAAUUGUUCAAUCAGCAUAGUUGGCUGUAGCAAAAAGUUUAAAUAUUGGGUAUGGUUUUGGUCAUAAUUAUGUUGCUGUAUUUUGACUGGCAAAAAUGUAAUUGAAUGUAUAUUGGGGAAAAAUUGUGUACGUAUUUCCAAAAUGGGGGCAGGUCGCUCUCGUGAAGUGAUCAUUAAGAUUUAAUCAGAAAGUAUUUAAGAUGUACUUUGUUAAAGACUACCCCGAAAAAGCAA